AUGGAUUCAGGGGUUGGAUCAAGUACGGCUAAACACGUGGGCACAAAACAAAGAAUCGUCAAAGUUGAACCAGCAAAGGGUGAUGUGUUCCUGAGUUUCGGAGGAUACGAUAGUUUUGGAUUUGCUGGUAUCCUCUACCGCUGCUUGACAGCUUACGGAAUUCGCGUUUUCAAAGAUUGCGGAACCCUACGUACUACCAAAGAGCUUCCGUCAUUGGUCUACAGGUCCAAGAUCUACGUACCUAUCUUUUCCGUGAAAUACGCUCAUAGCCCUCGGUGCCUUGACGCACUCGCACUCAUGGUAGAACAGACGUCUGGUCCACGUGGGAAGAAAGAGAUCUUGCCCGUUUUCUAUGAUGUGGAACGGUCUGAUGUGCAGUUGAUAUCAAUUUACGGAGAAGUCCUGAACAUGCACAGGCGGAGAUGGGGCCCUAACCAAGUCACGCGGUGGCAGAAUGCUCUUGUAAAGGCUGGUAAUGUCAUUGGAUGGGAACGAAGCGCAUAUCAAAGUGAAGGGAAACUUAUCACAUCCAUGGUUGCAAAUAUUUUGCGCAAGCUGAUAGAAGAGCACAAUUAUGUGCCUGAAGAUCUAUCCACUGGUGAUAAUCAGAUGUUAUCUUACAGGACCUCGGAGCUUGCAGACAGUCAAGAGUCGAAAAUAAUGGAAUUAUUGGAACUGGAAGUAAAUGACGUACGAAUUGUUGGAAUCCAUGGGAGAGAUGGCAUUGGAAAGACUACUCUUGCCAAGAUUGUAUAUGACCAAAUAGCCAUUCGCUUUGAUGCUUGCAGUUUUCUUGCGGAGAUUGAAGAAACGACGCAGCAACCUGGUGGUGUUCAGUAUCUUCAAACCAAGUUGAUCUUUGAUAUUUUGAAAAGAGAGUAUGAGGUUACUUCUGCUUUCAAAGGAGUACGAUUUUUUAAAGAAAUAUUUAGGAAUAUGAAAGUCCUUAUUGUUCUCGACGAUGUGGAAAGGGGGUCUCUUCUCAAGGAGUUCAUAGGAGCUAAGCUUGAUUGGUUUGGUUCUGGAAGUAGAAUAAUUGUCAUCUCAAAACAAAGAAGCAUUCUUCAAGGCUUUGUUGAUCGAGGGUUGGCUCGUACUUAUGAUGUCAAUCCAAUGGAUGAUAAUCGAGCUUUCGACCUUUUCUGGCAGUAUGCAAUGGAAAUGAGUUUUAAACAAAAUCCAUAUGUUGAAAUUGCAAACAAAAUAGUCAAGGCUGCAGAGGGACUUCCACUACAUAUCAAAGUUUUUGGUUCUUUUUUGCAUGGUAAAAGACUAGAAGAAUGGUAUAAAUUCAAAAAACUCGUACAACAAUAUCAGGAAGAUUGCCACAAGAUUCUGAGCAUAGUUUAUGAAGCAUUAGAUCGAAUGCAAAAGCAGAUGUAUCUUGAUAUUGCAUGUUUUCUCCCAGAUGUGGAUUGUAAGAUUGCCUCAUAUAUGUGGCAUGGUGAGGAUUGUCCUCAUGAUGAAAUCGAGGUCCUUCGUUGUAUGUCCCUAAUAGAAAUGGAAGAAAAUAAAAUGGGAAUGCACAGGUUGCUAAGGUGCCUCGCCAGGGAGAUUAUCUGCAAAGGUUUCCAUGAUCCGGUAACAGGCGUUGGAUUGUACAUUCCUGCCAUAGCCCAGGACACGAACAAGGGGAAAAAGGGAACCGACCAACAUAACACUGAAGUGGCAGGUUUUGAGAUCCCACCCAACACGACGUUUCUCAGCUUGGAUCGCACCAGUGUUGUUGGAAAAUUUGCAGAUGCCUCAUUGAACGUUCGGUGGCUUCACUGGCAAGGGUGCCCUCGAGAUUUUAAAGCAAUCGCCAUUCAUUUAGAAAACCUAGUUAUUCUUGAUCUUUCGUGGAGUAAGGUUACAGAAUCCUGGGAAUGUUGGAAAGGAAAACAGAUGGAGAGUUUGAAAGUCUUGAAUCUUACAGGUUGUGCGGACUUAUUAGUUACCCCUACCUUCUCUUGUUGCCCAAAAUUGGAGAUACUGAUUCUUGAGCAAUGUUCUCGAUUGGUUCAUUUAGAUCCUUCAAUUAAUGAUUUGAAGCUCCUGGUUACCCUGAAUUUGAAGUUCUGCACCGUACUUAGCAUGUUGCCAGUGGAAAUGGGUGGGAUGAAUGCUUUAAGAGAGCUCCUGAUCGAUGGCACUUCCGUACGACAACUUCCUGAGUCGAUAGGCAAAUUGGUUCAGCUGCAAAUUUUUAGUGCCACUAACUGCAUCUCAUUGGUUCGUGUUCCUAGUUCAGUUUUUGAACAUAAAGCUCUUUCAGUGCUGGCCUUGGAUGAUGCAAAAAUUAUUGAACUCCCCUAUUCCAUUGGAGACUUGAAGGAACUUCGACGAUUGUCUUUGAGGAGUUGUUGUGGGCUAGGAGAGCUUCCAGAGUCGAUCGGCAAAUUGGCCGACUCAUUAGUAGAGUUGGAUAUCUCAGGGAAUUUCCUUGUUACAUUGGAGAUUUAA